AUGGCCUUGUCAAAGUCACGGUUCUGCAAGCGCAAACAUACCUCCAGCCAGGCAUCUGAUGGCGAGGAUACUCACCCCUCCUCGAAGCGCGAUGCACCCCCCGGAGAAAUUUCACCUCCAGAUGGCAUCAAAUCGCCAGCAAAGUCAGCCUCAGAGCUAUCUCCCAGUCAGAAGGGUAAGCAGCACCGACGGCUUACUGUGUCCCAGAGAAUCAUUUUAUGGAUCCUGGUCUACAUUGGCAAGGAUUUCAGAAUCAGUGAAUCUGGCGUCAAUACGGAAACGAAAAAGGAAUACCACAUCACUGCAAAUGUGCAGAAAAUGGUCAUGAGCUGCGCAGUACGGCGCAUGGAGAAAGCUAGGCGUGCAGGAAAGACAAACUACGAUCUAGCGGAGACAGUAUCCCGCGCUCUCGACAGGAUGAAAAAGUUGACCCAUCAACACGAGUAUCUCGACUUGAAGUGUUCUGACGGCGGACCCAGCGACUUCCGAGAGAGACUUGAGUGGGCAGACUUCCACGUGAUGCUCGCUGAAGAGCAGCUCGAAAAUGAAGCGGAAAUGGAGCCAAAGAAACAAAAGCCUCAGGAGCAAGAUAAGCAACGUUCGCGGAAGCAUGAUGUUGCGAAUAAGGACCAAGCCGAGGAUGAAGCUUCGCAAUACCCGAUGCAACAAUCAUGGCAGGGAAGCGACAUUGCCUCCCGGCGAGAAGGAGCUUCCAAAGCAGAACGUCGCAGAAGGCCCUACAGAGAGUCAGUCGAACCCCGAGCAGCAUGCACUGCACACCAACGAACCGGCCUCUGGACAAAGACUUGA